AUGGCUAUCUUGAACUCGGUAGCUAAGAGUUUCACAGCUACUAUCGACGGGAAACUAGGUAAACAUCAAAAUCUUGGGUCUCAUGGCCGACCUAUCCUGGAUCAUCCAGGGUUCCUGGUCUACGAAAGGGUGAGCAGUGGGACAGACCAGACCGCAUCACCAAUAGACAUACCUAACGAUAUACUCUCCUAUACUAAGCUCGCCGUCAAUGUCCUUAGUCCCAUCGGCUUCGGGCUUGUGAAAUCAUCGAUCCUCGUCUUCUACGAUGGAAUCUUUCAUAAUAUUCGCCUUUUCCAAUGGGCCGCCUAUGCCAUGAUUGGACUUCUCGGCGCAUGGUCUAUAUCCUUCUUCGCUAAUCUAUUCAUGUGA